AUGCAGAGCAGUCGCGCGCCAAAGAAGGGGGGCUUCACAGCGUUCGAGCGCGCCAUGGACGAGAUGGCAAUGCGGGCAGUGACGGACAGGCCGAGCUUUCGUCGUCGGAGUUUGUUCUCGAAGCUGCAGGCCAGCCCGAAGGCGAGAGGGAACAGCGUCGUAGCCGACAAGGAGAUGGGAGAGCUCUCUGUCCAGAACUCGUCCGGGAGCUCCGUCAAGGCGUUUGACCCAUCAAGUCCUAAGACGGGACCAGGAGCGGCGAUGAGGGAGCAGGGGGCGAAGAAGCUCAGGGUGAAGGGCAUGUCGAGAAUCUCUAUGCUCGCAGUAGGGACAGAGGAGACGCUUGACAAGCGCGCGACCAAGGUGCAAGAGGCGUUUGGGAGGCAGGAAGUGGAAGAGGGAGAAGGAGGAAACGAAGAUGUUCCCGGGGAGAGCAAGCUGGCGAAGUUUGGAGAGGAGAGGAGGGGAGAGAGCGGUCUACAGCAGGUAGAAGUUGGGAUGCGCGUCCGGGCUUUCCUGCGGGGCAAGUGGAGGUUGACGCAGGUACUGACAAAGUCCGGAGAGAAUGUCAGGCUGCACUGUGUUGGUGAGAGCUCACAGUUUGACCAGUGGGUCUCCUUGCGGGAAACUCCCUUCCAGGCCAUCCCACUGUCAGUGAAGAAGGACCUUCAUCCUAUCAACAAGUUGGUUCAGAGCAUCGACGAGGAUGCGGAGGCCUCCCUCCUUGAGAUCGACUCCGAAGAAGAAGCAUGA